AUGCAAGAUAAAACCACACACCGAAGCUGUCACCGUUGGACACUGCCCCGGGUGCUACUAUUAUCUACGGUUCUGGGUACGAUUUUUCCCUGGCCUAAUAGUUGCGCAUACGCUCUCCCUUACGGUAAUGCCGGUAUCGAGCUGGACGAAGAGAAUGAUGGCAUCUCGCUGACCGCUUGCUACGUGGAGGAUCUACGCAAUAUUCGUGAGCACAGUCAGAACCCGCUGGUGAUCGAGAUAAAUCACUGCUAUCUGCAGGAGCUUCCGAACGCGAUCUUCAUACGCUUCAACGAUCUCAAAGUGUUGGAAAUUUGUGACAGCCGCGUUAACAACUUGCAAGACUUUGCUCUGAAUGGUUUGCGCAACAUUGAAUCGUUAAAUCUGUCGCGAAACAAUCUCACUACGAUAAAGUCAUGGAGCGAUCACGAUCUAGAUACGCUGCAGGUGCUCGAUCUGCGACGCAAUCUCAUACGCUUGAUCGACGAGUUCUCGUUCCAGCGCUAUCCGGCACUGGUGAAGCUUAAUCUGGCAGUUAACUUCAUCACGGCCAUUCCCGAGGGAACGUUCAAACCGAUCGUGAAUCUUAAGAAUCUCAAUCUGGGUAAAAAUUUACUUACCACCAUUGCCGAGAGUACUCUGCGAGGACUGAACAAAUUAACACAUGUUGCCUUCCACCACAAUCGCAUUCGGACAAUACAUCCAUUUGCGUUCAUCGGAAACAGCCAUCUGAAGGUGGUGCAGCUACAGGGCAAUCAACUUGGUUCGUUUGAACCGGAUCUGUUUGGCAAUCUGCCCCGGCUUCAGUUUCUGAACGUUAGCAGCAACGAGCUGGAGACGAUUGGUAACUUGAGCUUUAAAAAUAAUGGUGAUCUUCGGGUGCUGGAUCUAAGCUACAACCGCAUCGGACAUCUCGAGGACUACAGCUUCAAGGGAUUGUACGAUCUGGAGGCGCUCAACAUCAGUCACAAUCAGUUGCAAACGGUUAGCAAAUAUGUGCUGAAGGAUGCUAGUAAUCUGCGCGACCUUGAUAUCUCCGCCAACAAACUGGACUACAUCAGUCUGAAGCUUUCCAUUGCCACACCCCGACUGAUACGACUCAAUCUGUCCAGCAAUGCGAUAAGCGAGAUCGAACGUGAUGCUUUCGAAGAUCUGCCGAAACUACACACACUCGAUUUAGCACACAACCAGCUCACAGAUGAUGCCUUCUUGUGGCCACUGAUGAAUCUCAGCGUACUUAACAUGAGCCAGAAUGGAUUCCGCAGAAUCAACGCAUCGUUGCUGGAGAGUCUUGCGGUAGCCGAGCUUUACGACAAUCCCUGGGAUUGCCGGUUUCUCAUACAAGAGCUGGUGCACCACAGCAGUAAUGUGAUUUAUGGCAAAAACUAUCUUGUGGAGGAUAUGGGCCGUAUUCUUACUGCCAACGGCAUUGAAUGUACGGAUGAGCGGGGCAAGCAUCGAGAUAUUGUGGUAGUCGAACCGCCGGCAAAACCUUCCGAGAGCGAACUGGAAUAUCGACGAUACAAAUUCUUCCACGAAGGUCACGUUGACACCCGUCCGAUACAGGAUAACUUCGACACCAAGUCCACCGUCAUUUGGUUAAUGUCCGGUGCGAUCGCCGUGUUUGGUGCGUUCAAGCUGAUUCAGCUGCUGCUGCGACACUCGGAACAUCAGAGUGAAAAGUGGCGCCUUGCACAGCAUGUAAGUAGCGAUGAAGAUCACGAAGAAGCGGCACGGCACUGCUCGAGUGCCGGUGGUAACACUGUCAGCAGUCCCAUCUCUCCCAAAUCUGCCACCUCCAGUGGGUUCAAUUUCUUCCUGACCGUGCCCCAUCAGGGUGGUGUGCGGCAGUACUCGCCAUCAAUUAAAUAA